GGGUUGAAAGGAUUGCCAGGAACAGCAGGGUUACCAGGAACAACUGGUCAACUGGGAGAAAAAGGAAGUAUGGGACCCCCCGGGCCUCCUGGUUUACGAGGAGGACCUGGUGCGACUGGGAGAGAUGGAAAGGAUGGACUUCCAGGGAGGGAUGGUCAAAAGGGGGAUCCUGGAGCCAGCGGUAUUCCUGGUGGUGAUGGAAGAGAAGGCCAUCCUGGGUUGCCUGGUUUGCCGGGAAAUGCCGGCCUGGACGGACCAAAGGGGGAAACUGGUGAGCCGGGACCAAGGGGAUUCAAAGGAUCGGCUGGACUCCCUGGUGAAAUGGGUUUACCUGGUGAACCUGGUUUAAAAGGAUCAACUGGACCAAGGGGAAAUAAAGGUGAGACUGGAAGUCCAGGGGUAAGAGGAACUCCAGGGUCCAGGGGACACGCAGGAGAACCAGGGACACCAGGUCUUCCAGGACAUCCUGGCAUGCCAGGCCUGAAAGGAACUAAGGGGGAAAGAGGAAAUAUGGGAGAAAGAGGAGAAAUGGUGAGAUUAAUGAUAACAAUCAACGAUCACAGUUAUGCUCUGCAUUAAUGAAACAUCAGUUUGUGGUGCUGUUAUGACAGCUUCAUUCAUGACUAAAGAUGCAAAAGAUCAAAUUGCAAAAUAAAUUUAAAAUUUAAAAU